AUGGAUCAUAUUAGUAAUGAAGCUAGGGUUGGCCGUUUUCCAAUUGGUCCUUCAGACAUUCUUGGCAAAACAAUUGCUUUCAGGGUUCUAUUCUGCAAAUCCAUGUCUCAUUUAAUGUAUCAAAUAUUUCAACUUUUGUUAGGAUUAUUGUAUAGGUUCAAAGGGUUGUUGAAAUUGAAACCCUUUUUAUCAUGGUUCCAUCCAAGAAACCCACAAGGGAUAUUAGCAAUAAUCACAAUAGUUGCUAUCUUGUUGAAACGUUACACAAGUGUGAAGGUGAGAGCUGAAAUGGCUUAUAGGAGGAAGUUUUGGAGAAAUAUGAUGAGAAGUGCUUUGACUUAUGAUGAAUGGGCUCAUGGAGCUAAGAUGCUUGAUAAAUUGACACCAAAGAUGAAUGAGUCUGAUCUUUAUGAUGUUGAGUUGGUUAGGAAUAAGCUUCAAGAGCUUCGUCAUAGGCGGCACGAGGGGUCGCUUAGGGAUAUUAUGUUUUGUAUGCGGGCGGAUCUUGUUCGGAAUUUGGGGAAUAUGUGUAACCCGGAAUUGCAUAAGGGUAGGCUUCAAGUUCCUAGGUUGAUCAAGGAGUAUCUUGAUGAGGUAACGACGCAGUUGAGAAUGGUUUGUGAGUCGGAUUCGGAGGAGUUGUCGUUGGAAGAAAAGGUUGCUUUUAUGCAUGAAACUAGACAUGCUUUUGGGAGAACGGCUUUGUUGUUAAGUGGUGGUGCUUCUCUUGGAGCUUUUCAUGUUGGGGUAGUUAAAACUUUGGUGAAACAUAAGCUCCUGCCUAGGAUAAUUGCUGGUUCGAGCGUUGGAUCUAUUAUGUGUGCUAUUGCUGCCACUAGAUCAUGGCCGGAGCUUCAGAGUUUUUUCGAGGAUUCGUUGCAUUCGUUGCAGUUUUUCGAUCAAAUGGGUGGGAUUUUCGCGGUUGUCAAGAGGGUCGCAACGCGCGGGGCUGUUCAUGAGAUCAGGCAGUUGCAAAUGCUGUUGAGGCAUUUAACGAACAACCUUACAUUUCAAGAAGCUUAUGAUAUGACAGGUAGAGUUCUUGGAAUUACGGUUUGCUCCCCGAGGAAGCAUGAACCUCCUAGAUGUCUUAACUACUUGACGUCACCUCAUGUCGUUAUAUGGAGUGCGGUAACUGCUUCUUGUGCCUUCCCAGGCCUUUUUGAAGCUCAAGAAUUGAUGGCAAAGAAUAGAAGCGGAGAUAUUGUUCCGUAUCAUCCUCCUUUUAAUCUAGGCCCCGAAGAAGGCUCCACACCAUCACGCCGGUGGAGGGAUGGUAGCUUAGAGAUUGAUUUACCUAUGAUGCAGUUGAAAGAGCUAUUCAAUGUCAAUCAUUUCAUAGUCAGUCAAGCCAACCCUCACAUUGCACCAUUGUUGAGAUUGAAAGAGGUUGUAAGAACAUAUGGAGGCAAUUUUGCUGCCAAGCUUGCCCAUCUUGUGGUGAUGGAGGUGAAACAUAGGUGUAAUCAAGUACUGGAACUUGGCUUUCCCUUAGGUGGACUUGCCAAACUAUUUGCUCAAGAAUGGGAAGGUGAUGUCACUAUUGUUAUGCCGGCAACCCUUGCUCAGUACUCAAAAAUUAUACAGAACCCUUCUUAUGGAGAGCUUCAAAAAGCAGCAAACCAAGGGAGAAGAUGCAGCUGGGAGAAGCUUUCAGCCAUAAAAGCAAAUUGUGAAAUUGAGCUUGCUCUUGAUGAAUCCGUGGCAAUUCUCAAUCAUAUGAGAAAACUGAAAAGAGUUGCGGAGAGAGCUUCUGCUUCUGCGUCUCAUGGUUUGUCAAGUACUGUCAGAUUCAGUGCUUCAAGAAGAAUUCCUUCAUGGAAUUGCAUGGCACGGGAGAAUUCUACAGGUUCUCUUGAAGACCUUACAGAUGUUGCUUCCUCGUUGCAUCAAGGCAUUGGUAGCGACUCUGAAAAUGUUGAUUUGACUUCUUGGACCAGAUCUGGUGGCCCUUUGAUGAGAACCGCUUCGGCAAAUAUGUUUGUCGACUUUCUCCAAAACUUAGAGGGCGGUGUUGAUACUGAACUAAAUAGAGGUGCGGUGGCUCAUCCCAGUUCACGUGAUUUUCAGUAUCAUAAUUUCAGACUCACAGGACCAGAUAGGAACUCAGAAUCUGAGCAGAAGGAAAUUGACAACAGGGUUGUUAGCGGAUCUAGCUUACUGAUAACAGAAGGUGAUAUUUUGCAGACCGAAAAGAUUCACAAUGGGAUUGUGUUAAAUGUUGUCAAGAAAGAAGCCUUAGCACCUUCAAAUAGGUGUCAUGAUCUUGGAAAUUACAACAAUGAAGUUGUUGAAUGUGACCAAAUUGACUGUUCAGGGAAGGAAAUGGAUACUGGUAGCUCUGAUUCUGACAAUGAAAAUGAUAAAUCCACACCAGCUUUGAGCAUUGAUCAAAACAUUGUAGAUAGUUAG